AUGGGGAGUGAACCAGAGCGCCAUGGCUUGUUUGUCCUAUACCCUCUAAAAGAAAACGCAUCAUGGGAUGUGGACAUUGUGGUUUUACACGGCCUAGGUGGGGAUCCUUUUACAACAUGGACAGCAGACAACAAGCGAAUGUGGCCUCGAGAUUUCAUUCCAGAGAUCAUUCCUACGGCCAGGAUUAUGACCUUUGGUUAUAACUCGAAAGUCGCAUUUAGUCCCAGUACGGCCGAUAUCAAAGACUUUGCUCUAGAUCUCCUGACGAGGCUGCGGAACAAGCGAUGGUCCGCAGAUGAAAUGAACAACCCCAUAUUUUUCAUCUGCCAUUCUCUUGGUGGUAUUGUAUGCAAGCAAGCACUGCUCUUGGCCCAGAGCCAGCCUUACUAUACCAAUAUCUUCGAGAAGACGUCUUCCAUUCUUUUCUUCGGAUGUCCUCAUCGAGGAUCACGAGUUGCCAGUUGGGGAACCGUCUUCGCCAAUGUCAUCAACACUACUACUUUUCACAAACCGGUCCAGAAGGGUCUCCUUACUAACCUUUCUUUCAGCUCACAAAUAUUGGCUGACAUCUCUACCGCCUUCAAAGAAAUAGCCUGUGAUAUUGACAUUAAGACUUUUUACGAGACAGCUAUCAUGCUCCCUCUCAAAGGACCAGUUGUAGAAAGAGACUCGGCAAUUCUUGGCUUACCAACGGAGCAAACUAUUCCGGUGGCUGCAAAUCAUCGAGAAAUGGUAAGGUUUGCAAACAUUAACAGCGAGAAAUUUGAUCCUGUCAAAUUCGCCUUGAAGGAGGUCAAAGAAGGCAGACCACUGGAUGUCAAAACGGCAAGAGAUGCUCUUCUGUAUCUCGUAAUUGAGUUAAAUGUCGCGGACUAUGACCAACAGCUCAUGAGAAUCCCAGACCAGUAUCCAGGAACAUGUGAAUGGCUUCCGAAGCACACGAGUUUUUCUACCUGGUAUACCGAGAGUGAGUCAGAUAUUCUAUGGUUACGAGGCUACGCCGGCGCAGGAAAAUCCGUGAUGACAAAGUACAUCAUUGCGAAGGUUCUUCGGGCACUGUAUAUCUGGUCCAAGAUGCCACCAGUCACGGACGGCGAGUAUCAGAAGAGCCACGGGAACUUUCUUGCAUACUUUUUCUGCAGUGAGCGAAAUCGCCAUCUCCAAUCGGAACGCAACAUCUUACGGUCUCUGCUACAUCAGAUGCUGCUUGCUGCUCCCUUCGAAGUCAACAAAGCCCUACAAGCAUUUCGCCGACCUUCUGCUGACUAUACUUUCGUUGCCAGGCCUGCCGCACUGUGGGAUGCUGUGAAGGCAGCGAUGAUUGCUACUUCCUGGCAAACUGUCUACCUGGUAUUCGAUGGCCUGGACGAGAUGGCUUCAGACAACUUGGACAGCUUUAUGAAGGGAAUCAAACAAUUGGUUGACUCGGUAGCACCACGGAUAAAACCACGAAGAAUAAAGCUCUUGGUGACAAGCCGUCCGAUAUCGAGCUUGGAGGUCAUGCUGGAUUGUCCAUCCAUCUCGGUACGAAGUGAAAGAGACGUGAAAUUCUACGUCCAAGGAAAAGCCAAUGAGUUAUCGCGGAGGUUUGAAUUGUCACACGAUCUUCAGAGGGACAUAGUCGAAAAGAUCUGUGAAAAAGCCAGAGACAUGUUUUUGUGGGCGGUCCUGGCAUGGCAAGAGCUAUGCCAUGAAGCAAAUAAGCCACAAGAUUUCUCCCGGAAUCUCGCUAAAGCUCAGAAGCUGCCAGCGUCACUGGAAUUUCUGUACGAAGAUAUCAUGAACCGCUUACCUGUCUCGUCCCGAGAUCUUUCGCUCAAGAUCUUGACCUGGAUUGCACUUUCUGCAAGACCAUUGCAUUCAUAUGAGCUACGCUUUGCCAUUGCAAUGGACCGUGGGGAGACAUAUCACCAAACCAUUAACUAUAUGAUGUCCGAGCUUCAACUCAAAACCAUAUGUCCUGCCUUGAUCAACCUUGAUGAUGAUGGGUAUGUACAAUUUGUGCAUUCAUCAAUCAAAGACUUUUUCCUCAGUUCCACCACACCUACCUCAUACAGAGUCGACAUAGUCAAAUCCCAUGCACAUAUCGCCACUCAAUCAAUGAAGAUGUUGCACAUGCCGGGCUUUUUUGCCAGGACAGUUCUAUUUGACCUCUCCUCCCACAAAGUUCAUGAGUACAAAGACACGUGGGACCUCCCUACUAUCUACUAUUUUCUACCGUACGCUGCAACAAAUUGGCAUUACCAUGCUGGUCUGGCCGGUGAAGACUCGAGCAUAUGGAAAGCAUUCAAGGAUUUCUUGAAUGCUCCAGAAAGCGUGAAGUUGUGGUUGAUGCUAGCACUUUACGACGGUUCAAUCGGAGCACAGAGGGGAUGGUCGGAGGGCCAGAACUUUUGGCGAAAUCUUACGGUGCCUCCAUCAAUUCAUCUUGCAGUCUAUCUCAGAAGUAUGUUCCUUACAUCAAAAUUGGUGCAAGACGGUGCCGAUAUCAACGCCGUCAAUCGAGGCUGGCGCAACGCAGCAAAGGAAUACUGCCGGCCAGUAAUGUCGGUUGGAGGGACAAUUCUUGAUAAUGAUCUUGACCCCCAUACAUUGGCCGCUCUUGUGCGGAUGGGCGCAGAUGUCAACGCAUGCGCUGAGGACAAUCUGAGUGUCAUUACGAGAGCUAUAAAUGACCGCGACGAGGAACGUGUUUCGAUGUUGCUGUCGGCCGCUAGAGAAGCAAGAAUAACGUCAAACAGCCUCGGAUAUGUUCCAAGUGUUCUAUUCGAAGCUUCAGGUAUGACGAUGCGCAAGGUUGUCAGCGAAAUUUUGGACGAUCCGAGAAUCAAUCCUUGCCACGAUGGUGUCUUGCAAAAGGACACGAGUAUCCUCGGGACCUGGUAUGCUACACCAUUGGAACACGCAUGUCUCUUCGGGAUGGAGUCAAUUGCCAAAAUCAUGAUGCACCACCCUCGUAUGAUUAAAGCUCAGCAAAGAAUUGAAGCAGAGCGUCCUGGCCGCAGCCCGAUAUCGCUGGCCUUCCUUUGUACCUUGCAAGGUUGGAGUGAGCCAGCACUCUUCGCUCUUCAGAGCUUUCAUAUCGAUCUAUCAAAAGAAAGGGACGUCAAUCGGAGGUCAAUUUUAAUCCAUGCUGUUAUGGAGGAGUGGCAUGAUGUCUUAGAGCAUUGCAUCAACCACUUGCCGCGGUCUAAGCUUAAUAUCCAAGAUAAGAACGCUAUGACGGCUUUGCAUCACGCUGGGAAGGUCCGUAAUUGGUAUGCGGCGAAGAGACUGCUCGAGGCCGGCGCUGAUGCCCAUAUGGAAGACAGUAACGGUCAUACUCCAGCUCACACAGCCGCCGAGGCAGGAUCUGACCGUGUGCUUCGUAUCAUGCUCGACAAGGGCAUUGUGGACACGAAUGUUGUUGAUCACAAUAAGAGGACUGUGUUGCAUUACGUGGCAACAUGGAAUCUAAACGCUAUUGCAGAGGCGCUCAUUGAGAUGGCACCAGAUCAGGUGAAAGUCAAAGACCAUCAUGGCCGCACUCCGGUCCACCUCGCAGCGCUGUUCGGAUCGACAGCAGUUCUCGCUCAAAUGCUUGCGACAGGUUUAGUGGAUGUGAAUAGCCAAGAUAAUCUCGGCAGAACCGUUUUUCAUUUGGCAGUAGAGGGCAAGGUUGAAUCAUGCAUCGAUGAACUUCUAUCCCGACCGGAGACUGAUCUGAACACCCUAGACCGCAGCUUGAAAUCUCCUCUCGACAUCACAACGACUUACAAACAUCCACAUGAAGCUGAUACUAUCAGAACUAUCCUCGAAGCUGCCGGCUGUCGGCCGGGUUUGUGGCGUCCUCGACGGUCGUAUGGAAAUAUCCUCGACUCGGCUCGUCAACCGGAGCAAGAUUCGAAUUACUUUGGUCGACACAUGGACAAGCCUGCCCUUACACUUGUACGCUAUGACCCCGACCUCGCGAGGGAAGCUGAAGAGGCUAUGAAUACAGAUCACGAAGAAGGAAUAAAAACCCGGACUAUAAGAGAUUCGUCUAGCGAGGAGACUUCCAAGAGGCGUACGCAUCGACCUUCAUCAAGAAGAUCGCCAUUACCAGAACAUCGAUCAGGACAUGGAACACUUCACAUGGACCCAGGGGAACAUGCCGCCACGCAAACACAGGCUGAUACUGAUGGAGCUAGGCGAACUAAGCGUAGAUUCAUCAGGAAGCUUUUCAACCGUGGUGAUGGCAACACUCCGUGA